GUUCCUAAAAACAGGAUUGAAUGCGAUGAACUCAAUUGUUGUUCAAUCAAACAGACAAAAUACGAUGAGCUGACUUCAACUAAAUUGUUGUUCCAAAAUUUGUCUCCUUUUUUUCCCUUCUCUCUCUCUCUCAUGGCAUUUCUCUUCUCCUCUCUUCCUCAGAUUAAGUCUCUGAUUCCAUAAAACAGACCCCACUUUUCCACUAUUGUUAUGAUAACUUGGAACCUUUUUCAAGCAAGAAUAACCUCUACACACGCAAUAUUGUUAUCGUUUCUUCUUCAUUUUUUGGCUAAAGAAGCUGUUGUAUCUGAGAAUCUUGUUGAAUAUUCAACUUGUGAUAUGGGCUAUCUCAAUUCUGUUUUAUCACCUUCAAGUCAGGUUCAUGCUGCUGAUGAUACACCUGUUAGUGGUGGAGGGCUCAGCCAGAAUGGAAAAUUCAGCUAUGGAUAUGCUAGCUCCCCUGGCAAGAGAUCUUCAAUGGAAGAUUUUUAUGAGACAAGAAUUGACGGCAUUAAUGGCGAAGUUGUUGGCCUUUUUGGAGUUUUUGAUGGUCAUGGUGGUGCUCGCGCUGCUGAGUAUGUCAAGCAAAACCUAUUUAGUAAUUUGAUCAGCCAUCCAAAAUUCAUUUCUGACACCAAAUCUGCAAUAGCUGAUGCGUAUACGCAUACCGACUCUGAAUUUCUGAAAUCAGAGAAUAAUCAAAACAGAGAUGCUGGAUCAACUGCUUCCACUGCCAUUCUUGUUGGUGACCGUUUGCUUGUUGCAAAUGUUGGGGACUCCAGAGCUGUUAUAUGCAGGGGUGGAAAUGCCAUUGCUGUGUCCCGAGACCACAAACCAGACCAAACCGACGAGAGGCAAAGGAUAGAAGAUGCGGGAGGCUUUGUUAUGUGGGCUGGAACUUGGAGAGUCGGUGGUGUUCUUGCUGUUUCUCGUGCAUUUGGUGAUAGACUCCUUAAGCAAUACGUUGUUGCUGAUCCGGAAAUCCAGGAAGAAAAGGUUGAUAGCUCUCUUGAAUUUCUUAUAUUGGCUAGUGAUGGACUAUGGGAUGUUGUCUCAAAUGAGGAAGCUGUUGCUAUGAUUAAACCAAUUGAGGAUGCAGAAGAAGCAGCAAAGAGGCUGAUGAAAGAAGCGUAUCAGAGAGGUAGUUCUGACAACAUUACUUGUGUCGUCGUUCGUUUCCUGAUGAACAAUCAAGGUUCUUCGUCUCGUAAUAGCUCUGGCUAAGUGUACUUCAAAACAUAGAAUUGUGUCAAAAUCAGUUAAUUAUAGGAGGACACUGUUCCUUGUAACUGUGUGUACUACCAUGCAAGCAUAGGAAUCAAAAGUUAAACUUAUUAUGGUCCUCUAGCAUAGAUAUGUUGCUAUCACUGUCUUACUUCCUAGCAUAGAUAUGUUAGGAAAAAUCGUUUUGUAAAGAGUGUGGUCAGAGUUUUUAACUUCACAUACAAAUGUCUGCAUGUAAAUGUGGUGGUGUUGUUCUCAUUAAUUCUCUUCCUUCCAAACAAAAACAAUAUUCAUGUAUCUUUGAAGUAUCCUUGUCCUUAAUUGUCCAUCUGGUUUUCCUAGGUUUGGUUGUUCUUGUUUGUGUAAAGGUUAUCUUGUUUUUCAUGAAUUAUGGUUGUAUCAAGUGUAAUAAACAAUGAAGCACUGGUAUAGACACGAUACACACAAACAUGUCGACACCGGUAAAAAUUUGAAAAAGUUAAUUAAUUGGAAUGUAAUUAUGUGUCGAUGUUCAAUACUAACAUGUGUCGGACACCAGACACAUUUUAUUAGAA